GUCGAUCGCGACCUUCUCGCAUCCAUCCCGCACCGUCCAUCAGGUUACGGUUCGCGAAUCCAACGGUGGGGAUUUCACCUAGGGUUUCUGAGCAGCGGACACUAUAUAAACCCCACAGUUUCAUCUUCUCCGAUUUGCGGUGCAGAUUUCCUGCCCUCCCACAAAAGAAAAAAAAAAUUCAUUCCCUCCCCCCUUUUCAUAUCUGAUCUUAUUUUACAUGAUAUAUAUAUAAAUUUUUUUUACAUAUAAGUAGUAAUCAUACGAGUAGUUUUUGUAGUGGUGGAGAGGGAAGAUUCUUCCAGGGCGAUCAGGAAGAUGGCUCAGAUUCAAGUUCAGCACCCGAAUCCGGCGGCGGGAGCGAAUGGAGUGGCGGCGCAGAGUGCUGGCGGCGUCGCUGCGCCCGUUGGCGGUGUAUCCGCCCAGUUCCCGGCCACCUCGCUUUAUGUUGGUGACCUGGAUUCUAACGUCUCUGACUCUCAGCUCUUCGAUCUGUUCAACCAGAUUGGACCUGUUGUUUCCGUUAGGGUUUGCAGGGACGUGACUACCCGCCGUUCCCUUGGCUAUGGCUAUGUUAACUUUUCCAACGCUCAGGAUGCUGCAAGGGCAAUUGAGCAUUUGAAUUUCUCUCCUGUGAAUAAUAAGGCGAUUAGGAUCAUGUAUUCUCAUCGUGACCCUAGUCUCCGUAAAAGUGGAUCUGGAAAUAUAUUUAUAAAGAAUUUGGACAGAUCAAUUGACAACAAAGCCUUGUGUGAAACAUUCUCCAGUUUUGGCAAUAUUCUUUCAUGCAAAAUUGCUACUGAUCCUAGUGGCCAGUCUAUAGGCUAUGGUUUUGUACAAUUUAGCACCGAGGAAGCAGCUCAAAAUGCUAUUGACAAGUUAAAUGGAAUGUUAAUGAAUGACAAACAGGUAUAUGUUGGGCCUUUUCAUCGUAGGCAAGAAAGAGAGCCGGCAACAAAGGUAAAAUUCAACAACAUUUAUGUCAAGAACCUAUCUGAAUCUACUACAGAUGAGGAUCUCAAGAAAAUAUUUGGUGAAUUUGGCGGUAUCACUAGUGCUGUAGUGAUGAGAGAUGCGGAUGGAAACUCCAAGUGCUUUGGGUUUGUUAAUUUUGAGAAUACUGAUGAUGCUGCUAAGGCUGUCGAAGCUUUAAAUGGAAGAAAAUUUGAUGAUAAAGAGUGGUAUGUUGGAAAAGCUCAGAAAAAAUCUGAAAGAGAGCAAGAGCUAAAAAGUAAGUUUGAGCAGAGUACAAAGGAAACUGUGGACAAACACCAAGGAUUAAAUUUAUAUGUCAAGAAUUUGGAUGAUAGUAUAGAUGAUGACAAGCUAAGGGAAAUGUUUGCAGAGUUUGGUACAAUUAGAUCUUGCAAGGUUAUGCGCUAUCCAAGUGGAAUUAGCAAAGGGUCAGGAUUUGUAUCAUUCUCAACUCCUGAAGAAGCUUCUAGAGCUCUUUCUGAUUUGAAUGGGAAAAUGGUGGUGUCCAAACCACUCUAUGUUGCUCUUGCUCAACGAAAAGAUGAGAGGCGAGCAAGAUUGCAGGCACAGUAUUCCCAGAUACAACCAGUCACCAUUGCACCUUCUCUUGGACAUCGCAUGCCCGUGUACCCAGCUGGUGCACCUGGAAUUGGUCAGCAGGUUUUUUACGGGCAAGCUCCGCCUCCUAUGUUUUCUCAGGCUGGAUUUGGCUAUCAGCAGCCGAUCGUGCCUGGUAUGCGUCCUGGAAGUGGUCCCAUGCCAAAUUUCUUUAUGCCAUUAGUGCAGCAGCAGCAGGGUCAACAAGGGCAGCGUCAAGGUGGCAGGCGUGGAGCGGGGCCCGUCCAACAAGCUCAACAGCACAUGCCAAUGAUGCAGCAACAGAUGCAUCAUCCCAGGGGAAGGAUGUAUCGUUUCCAGCACGGCCGCAAUGUGCCCGAGGUUCCGGCUGGUGGUGUAGCUGGAGGCAUGUUCUCCGUUCCAUAUGAAAUGGGUAGUGGGGCCGUGCUUCCCCGGCAAGCUGUGCCAAUUGAUGCUCUCACAAGUGCCCUUGCCAACGCGCCACCUGAUCAACAGAGGAAUAUGUUGGGUGAAAGUCUAUUCCCACUGGUGAAUCAGUUGGAGCCAGGGCAGGCCUCAAAAGUGACAGGCAUGUUGCUGGAGAUGGACCAGACAGAGGUUCUCCAUCUGCUUGAAUCCCCUGAUGCUUUGAAGGCCAAAGUUGCUGAGGCUAUUGAGGUUUUGAGGAAUACCGCUCAUCAUCCGGCAAACAGUAACCCUGCCGACCAUUUCUCUUCCCUCUCCCUCUCUGAAAACCACAUUUCCUCCUAGGCGGUUUAUCGUCGGUCAGCACCUUGUCAACAUCUCUCUUUCACACUUACAUUGGAUUGUUUGGUAUUACUGAUUUUUUUUUUUGGCAUUUUUUGUUGGGAAUUUUGAAUGAGAUUUUCGAGCAUCUUUUUACCAAAUUGCUGAUACUAUAAUGUUUUGACAACAUCUAGUUUUGAGUAAAGUGCUUGGGUAGAACUUGAUGUGGUGUUUUGGUGGAUGGAGGGGAAAGUUGUGAAAUAACCGGGAAUCGUUUUAACAACUCCCUCGGGUUGUUUUAUUGCUGUGUUUGUUUUUAAGAAAAUAAGAUGGUGGAU